AAACGUGUCAUAGUAACAUAUGCUACUCUCUCGACACGAGGCAUGGUCAUACUAACUUAGUCUUGAUAUUUCGUAGCCCAUAACACUUUACAGAAGCCAUUUUGCAUUUUGUGAUUUUGAUUUCUUCUCACGUUAUUCAAUACGGAUCUAAAACUUGUGUUGUAUGAUCGAUCAAUCGACAAACAUCUCGCGAGUUUAACCGCAAAACCAUCAAACGCGUUGUCUGUUCAUAAGGCUUGAAUCUGGAUACGAAGAUAUAGUGCAACAGAACAAACUUAAAUCGCCGAUGUCAAUCGAUAUUGGUGAUAAUUGAUAUUAAACCCAGAUUGGGUGUAUACCCAAUACAUUGCAUGCUUUACCGGACGAACUUCAGGCGUGAUCUGUACCAUAAACAUACGAAACUAAUUGCAUUUUGUUGUUCGCAAAAAACGUACUAUUUUUAUUGUCCUUUUGAGCAUUCAAAAUAACUGCAAAAACAAUUUUUAAACGUCAUAUAAUAGCUGCGCUAUUGAGACUUGAACAUGGGCAUUGAAUUUAAAACACAUGUUUGUGUAUAAUCACUGAAUAUGAAGACAUCGUCAAAAUUCAAAAUUGAACAAGAAACUCCUGAGGAUAUAAAGGAUGUGACACUAACCAAAACAAAUUUAAAAGGAGAUUGGAUAAACUUUUUUUUGUUGUUAUUACUGUACACAAUGCAAGGCUUGCCACUAGGCAUAGCUGGGUCUAUGUCGAUAUUAUUGCAAAGCAAGAAAAAUGUGACAUACAAAGAUCAGGCAUUAUAUAGUAUAACAAAAUGGCCAUUUGCAAUGAAACUCUUAUGGGCGCCAUUGGUAGACGCACUCUAUGUAAAAAAAAUUGGAAGGCGAAAGUCUUGGCUAAUACCUGUUCAAUAUUUAAUAGGAUUGAUUUUAAUAUAUACUGCUAGUGACAUUGAUAACUUGUUACCCGAAACUGGUAAACCAGACAUAGUGAAGCUGAUGUACAUUUUCUUAAUAAUUAACAUCUUAGCCGCAACCCAAGAUAUAGCAGUAGAUGGUUGGGCACUUACGAUGUUGAAAAGAAAUAACGUAGGCUAUGCAUCUACUUGCAAUGCAUCAGGACAAACAAUAGGUUCUAUGAUAGGUUCUAUGGUACUCAUUCUGUUUACGUCUGAAGAGUUUUGUAAUAAAUAUCUACGUCAUACACCUGCUGCAGGAGGCAUAAUUUCCGUGCAAAACUUAUUAUACUGCUGGGGCAUAAUUUUCAUAUUAAUAACAACAUUAGUUGGCAUACUCAAAAAAGAAAAAAAUAUUUCAUUUGAAGAUGGUCAAGAAAAAAUCAAUGUGGCUCAUAACUAUUUACUAUUAUGGGACAUAUUAAAGUUACCUAAUGUUCGAAUAUUGGCGCUAAUAUUUAUAACUUCCAAGAUUGGAUAUGCUGUAACUGACAAUGUAUCUACCUUAAAACUCAUUGAUGCAGGCGUAUCAAAAGAAGACCUAUCAAUGAUAGAUACAGUAAUGUCUGGAGUGAACGUUAUCAUAUCAUUCGUUAUAGGAAAAUACACUUCAGGUCCAAAACCGAUGAGCCUAUAUUUGAAAAUAAUACCCGCAAGAUUACUUUUGAACAUCCCAUUUGCUAUGCUUAUUUAUUAUACACCUACAAUGAUAUCAUUUAAUGGAUAUGGAAAAAGUUCAAUAUAUUACUAUCCACUUCUCGUAUUUCUAUUAUCAAUAGAACAUAUUCUAAUGCACACUAUGUUUGUAGCUACAUUAGCUUUUUUUUCUCGAAUAAGUGAUUAUCGUAUCGGUUCUACUUACAUGACGUUAUUGAAUACUUUUGCAAAUUUAGCAUAUAUGUGGUCGUCUACAGCUGCACUGGGAAUGAUUGAUGUAUUAACGCUCAGAGAAUGUUCACUGGAUUCUACAAAUUAUUGUUUUACACAAAUUCGUGAAAAUGCGUGUAAAGCAAGUUAUGGCAUUUGUAAUAUAAAAGUGAAUGGUUAUUACAUAGAAAUGCUUUUAUGCACUAUCAUUGGAAUAAUUUGGUAUUUUGCUGUUAGAAAUACGCUAAAAAAAUUUCAAACUUUGGAUUCUUCUCAUUGGCUGGUUAAUAUGAAAAGAACAGCAACGGCCAACAAAGAAUGAGUAAGAAUAAUGGGAUAUGUUACCAUAACUGUUGUGACUUUUUGGACGUAACCACUUCGGCAUGUAAAUUUGGUGACAUCUGUUUUGGCUUUGGACUUAAGGAAUAUUUAUUUUGAUAUUUAAAAUGAAUUUGAUAACUUAAAAAUUAUAAAUUUUCAAACAUAUGUUGAACUUAACUAUUUUUGAAUAUUAAAUAUGUACAAUUUACAAUA